AUGUCUCAACAACAAACACCAGCUAUCAUCACCUCCACCUCCACCACCACUAAUAACGGAGUGGUUGUUGGAUGUCAGGACUCGUUUAUUCGGAUGUAUCAUUCCUUUUCAUCAUCAUCGGAGCAACAAGAGCCUAUUCAACCUUCAGGCUUACUGGUGGGACAUACCAAACCUGUAUCGGCUCUUGAUUCUAUAUCAUUAGAAGGGUCUUCAAGAAUUUUGAGUGGUGGAUGGGAUGCCGAUAUUCGGAUGUUUGAUGGUUCUACGAUGGAAUGUUUGAUGAUUUUGGAAAAUUGUAAUAAUUUGGAAGAAGCAGGACAACAAUCGGAAAGUGAAGAUACGGUCAAAAUUAGAGGAAAAGGACACAAUCAAGAAGUGUUGGCUCUUACUCAUUGCAAAACAAGCACACCAAAUGAAGCUUUGAUUUUUAGUGGAGGAAUGGAUAGUAGGAUUAAAAUUUGGAAUUUGAAAGCAAGUCCAGAUGGAAAACAAGAUCAAAUCGAACUGGUCACCACCAUUUUGCAAAAAGAAGCACAACAAGAGAGAGCUAUAUGGAGUUUGACAGCGGAUUCUUCAUUGAAUAGUCCAGUUGUAUAUUCGUCAUGUCUUGAGGACGGAAUGGUUCGAGGUUAUGAUGUUACCACAUUGAAAAUGGUUGCUAAAAUGAAAUUGCAUUUGAAUGAUGUUCGUCAUGUGAAAGUGGCAAAUUGUCUCGAUUCGAAACCGUGCCUAUUUACAUGCAGUUCAGACAAGUCACUCAAAUGUGUCGAUUUGAGAGCCAAUAAGGUGGCCAUGAGGGUUGAAAAUAUUUCACAAAAUGUUCUCAUGAAUUUUAUAUUGGAUGAUACAAGUGAGAGACUCUAUCUUGCUGAUAGUGGUGGCUCGAUUUACAACUUUGACACCCGAAUGAGUUUGAAAAAGGUCGAUGAAGUCAAGAAUGCUCAUCGUGGAGGUAUAACGAAACUUGUUUACAACAAGGGAAUGUUGUACAGUGGAGGAGGAGCCGAUAAAACAUUGAAAGCUUGGAAUUGUGGUGGCGGAAAAAAGCUCACACCUGUUGCCACCGUUGAAGUGAAUGAUCCAAUUUUUGCCAUGACCAAGCUCUAUUAA